ACUAUAUAAACCCCCCUUUCCCCCAUAACUCUCUCUACUCCUCACCAAUAGAUAGAUACACCUCCCCACUCUUAUUUAUCCUCUUCAUCUCAAUUUUACAAAAACAAAAAAUGCCAAAUAGUUCAGUAACAGAAAUUUCAAAAUGCAUAGUGCAUCCGGAGAAGAAGUCCACCGUCUCCGAUCUCCGUCUCUCCGUCUCCGAUCUCCCUAUGCUCUCAUGUCAUUACAUUCAAAAAGGCGUCCUCCUCACUCGCCCUCCUUCUUCUUCCUUCUCCUUCUCCGACCUCGUCUCCUCUCUCCGCCGUUCUCUCUCCUCCACUCUCUCUCUUUUCCCUGCUCUAGCCGGUCGUUUCUCCACCAGUCCCGCCGGUCACAUUUACAUCGUCUGCAACGACGCCGGCGUUGAUUUCGUCUCCGCUUCCGCCAAACGCGUCAGAGUCUCCGACCUUCUCGUCCCAGGUAAAGACGUUCCUCUCCUCUUCCGUGAGUUUUUCGUAUUCGAGCGUCUCGUUAGUUACAACGGCCACCACAAGUCUCUCGCCGCCGUUCAAGUGACGGAGCUAGAAGACGGUGUUUUCAUCGGAUGCACCGUGAAUCACUCCGUUACAGACGGAACCUCCUUUUGGCAUUUCUUCAACACCUUCGCUGACGUCACCAGCGGCGCUUGUAAGAUCAAACACCUUCCCGAUUUCUCCCGUCACACCGUCUUCGACUCUCCGGCUGUUCUGCGAGUCCCUCCCGGUGGUCCGCGUGUCACUUUCGACGCCGAUCAGCCUCUCCGGGAGAGGAUUUUUCAUUUCAGCAGAGACGCCAUUUCCAAACUCAAACAGAGGAGCAACGAUUACAGAGUUAACGGAAUCGAAACCAACGACGGAAAGAAAUGUAACGGUAACGGAGAUAUUAACGGAAAUAUAACAACCGUUCUGGAGAGUAUUUUGAAAUCGGAUGCGAGUAAUAAUAAUAAGAAGAAUCAUCAUGAUCGAACGGCUGAGAUUUCGUCGUUUCAAUCUCUAAGCGCUCAGCUGUGGCGAUCUGUUACAAGAGCUAGGAACCUCGAUCCGAGCAAGACGACGACGUUUCGUAUGGCGGUUAAUUGCCGGCACAGGCUCGAGCCUAAGAUGGAUCCUUACUACUUCGGUAACGCGAUACAGAGCAUACCGACGUUGGCGUCCGCGGGAGAUCUGCUGAGCAAAGAUCUCCGGUGGUCCGCCGAACAAUUACAUAGAAACGUCGUGGCGCACGACGAUGCGACGGUACGACGUGGAAUCGCUGCUUGGGAAAGCGAUCCGAGGCUGUUCCCUCUGGGGAAUCCGGAUGGAGCUUCGAUUACGAUGGGGAGCUCGCCGAGAUUCCCGAUGUACGACAACGAUUUCGGAUGGGGAAAGCCAUUAGCGGUGAGGGAUCUGGAAGUGGUUUUGGCGCCGGAGACUAUGGCUGGGAUUGAGAAGGAUGCUGAGUUUAUGCAAUACGUAUCAGAAGUCACUUACGAGUGUUGAAAGCGACGCCGUUUUUGACUUGGUCUUCUGCCUGAAUACAGAAAAAAAAAAUAAAAAAUAAAGAAAUAUCUAAAGUUGAUUUGAUGAUGGCAUGGCACUUUGAACGGUCGAGAUUCAUCAAAAAAUAUUAGAUAUUUCUCGAUCUAAGUAAGAGUUGUGAAGCGACGGCGUCUUUUUAUGAGUCAGUCAUACAUACUGCUAAGUACUGGUCUUUGUUGUUUCUCCUCCACUGGGCACGUUCUUAAUGUGACCUUAUUGUUAAUGUACAAAAUCCCGUCUUUUUCA